GCUGCUGGCGGGGUUCUCUCUGUUACUGAACACGUUCGAGAUGGGGGAGGUUUCGAUUUGGGAGAGCAGGGUUGGAGACCAAGCCCAAGUCGUAGCCAAACUUUGUAGGAUUUGCGCCUCUACAAAGGCGAAGUGGGGCAGGGCCACGGGCGGAGUUUUAAGCCCAGUCUCAGGGUUUUUGUCUGGGAUUGAGCAGGAAGGGACUUGGGGGCAGGUCCCUCACUGCUUUUGACAGCUUUCUCUUUGUCAGCCGCAACUGAGUUCGGUGGGUUCGGAAAUCUGUACCCCUCUCUCUGCGCGUUCCAGUUCCCCCCUCCCCACCCAGCCCAAGCCAACCCGUGGCUCUGGCCCUGGCCAUGAAGCGCAUCUUCUCCUGCUCCAGCUCACAGGUGGCGGUGGAGAGAUGGAACAACCGUGAUCAGAAACUGCUGGAGGCAGUGCAGCAGGGGGAUGUGGGACGCGUGGCUGCCCUGGCUUCCAGGAAGUCUGCCCAACCCACCAAGCUAGACUCCAACGGCCAGUCUCCGUUUCAUCUGGCAGCCUCCAAAGGCUUGACAGAAUGUUUGACUAUACUGCUUGCUAAUGGAGCUGACAUCAAUAGCAAGAAUGAGGAUGGAAGCACCGCCCUGCACUUGGCUACCAUCUCCUGCCAGCCACAGUGUGUCAAGGUCCUGCUCCAGCAUGGUGCCAAUGAAGAUGCUGUGGAUGCAGAAAAUCGUAGUCCAUUGCACUGGGCAGCCUCCUCUGGCUGUGCCUCAAGUGUGCUCCUGCUGUGUGACCAUGAAGCCUUUUUGGAUGUCCUAGAUAAUGAUGGACGUACACCCUUGAUGAUUGCCUCACUGAGUGGUCAUGCGGCUAUCUGCUCACAGCUACUGCAGAGAGGUGCUCGAGUUAAUGUUACAGACAAGGAUGACAAAUCGGCUCUGAUCCUGGCCUGUGAGAAAGGCAGUGCUGAAGUGGCUGAACUACUCCUGAGCCAUGGAGCCGAUGUGGGAGUGGUGGAUAGCAUGGAGCAUGAUGCUCUGUAUUAUGCUCUGCACACACAAGACAAGGCACUGUGGAAGCUGGUACAGCAGGCCCUGAACUGGCGGAGGGGAGAUCAGGAGCUAGUUCAAUAUCCAGAGGUUGCAUCUAAGGCCUCUCCAUCUGAGCCUCAGGUGGGUUCUCUACCUAAGAGUUCAUGGAGAGGAGAGCCCAAGGAGCAGCAGGAAGGAGAGAACCAUGGAGGCAUAUGCUCAGAGGCAUGGAGGUGGAAGUAUGAAGAUGAGCAGAGGAAAGUUUCUCAGUUGGAACAGGAGCUGGUACAAAAGACAGAAGAGUGUAAGGCUCAAUCUGCAGCCUACCCAGACCUGAAGAACCAGAUUCGAGAACAUGUGCUGGAGCUGGGGCUCCUCCUUGCCCAAGAGCCCACAGCUUCAGAAGGGCAGAGUUCUAGUAUCCAUCCUGAAGAAGAUGACAUGGAGAAGGGUUGUCUCCUGGACCUGCCGGCUGAGCACAUACAUGACUUAAAGAAGCAGCAUCAGGCAGUAACCACAGCCACAGCCACAACCUCAGCCAACCCAGUAUUAGCUUCCAAGAAGACUGAGGAUUCAGCCCAAGGGCAGAUCCAUUAUGAAACCCAUGGUUGGCCCCAACCAGAAGAACAGGGGCCACCCCAGAGCCCAAUGUGUGAGAUCAUGAGGAAUGCCACAGGACAGCAACUGAUCACCAACGGUGGACACGCUCUUAGCUCUGAUCAUACUGACCAGCCACAUGUUGGCCAGAAGGAGAGGUCACAGGCCCUAGGGGCUGAACCAACAGACACAGUGGCUGAAUCAGUGGGCAUAGCAGCCAUGAACCAGCUCCUGCUACAACUGAGGGAGGAGUUGGCUGCAGUGUGGCAAGAAAAGGAUGCUGUCCUGGGGUCUUUGUCAAGACCAGUCCUAGAGGUAGCUCUGGGGACACCCAGAGCUGAGGCUGCAGCAGCUGCCUGGGAGAAGAUGGAGGCCAGGUUGGAGCAGGUGCUAGUGAGGCUGGAUUGGGCAAAGGCAGGACUACAAGGGAAACCUAUGGCCCCUGCCCAGGAGCCCAGAGAAGGAGCACCAAAGGCAGGCUCAGAAACCAUCACCAAAAAGGAUGAAGGGAGGGAGAAAAGGGCCCCUGGGGCCCACAGGGAGCCUCUAAUAGCCCCUGUCAGAGAACAGAUGUCUGGAGGAGGACUGGCAAAGGGACCACUGGAGAAGGAGGUGUCAGCACUAAGACUGAGCAACAGGCACUUGCUAGAGGAGUUGAAGGAGCUGGGGUGGGAGCGGCAGCAGUUGCAAGGGAAGCUGCAGUCCCUGAGCCAGCGGCUGCAACGGGAGUUUGUGCCCAAGCCAGAGGUGCAGGUCCAGCUCCAGCAAUUGCAGCAGAGUGUGGGGCUGCUGACAGAUGAACUGGUGUUGGAGAAGGAGGCCAGUGAGAAGUUGCAGAAGCGCCUGGCCUCCCAAAACAGUGGCCUCCGAGGCCUGUGGGACUGCUUUCCCCCAGAGCUGGUGGGCAAAGCAAGUGCUUGGUGCACAGAUACUGAAUCCUUGGAGGAGCUACAGGCGCACAUCAGCACCUUGGUAUCCAGGCACCAUGAGGCCCAGCAGGUGCUGACUAGGUUGGAGGAGGAAAACCAGUGGCUGCAGGGACCCUCUGCCCCACAUAGGGAGCCAGGCACCUCCUCAAAGGUGCCAGCAUCCCCAGAAGUGGCUGCUUUAGAGCAAGACCUCAGGAAGCUCAAGGAAGAGCUGGGGGCCGUUCAGGCCACAAUGAGUGGGAAGAGCCAGGAGAUCAGGAAGCUGAAGAAACUGCUUUACCAGGCAACAGAGGAAGUGGCUGAGCUGAGGGCCAGGGAGGCGGCCAGUCUGCAGCAGCACGAGAGAACUCGGGGCUCUCUGGUGGCCCAGGCCCAAGCUUGGGGUCAGGAGCUAAAGGCUAUGCUAGAAAAGUAUAACACUGCCUGCCAGGAAAUGGGCCGGCUGCAGGAGGCUGUGGCCAAGGAGCGUCGUGGGAGUGGAGACCUGGCCGCCAGGGCCACAGAGCAGGAGCGCCAGGCCAGCGAGAUGCGUGGGUGCUCAGAACAGUUUGAGGAAACAGUGGAGCUGCUGAAAGAAAAGAUGGAGCAUCUUUUGGGGACUUGCCAGGACAAGGAUGCCAAGAUCAAGGAAUUGUUGAAGAAGUUGGAACAGCUUUCAGAGGAAGUCCUAGCAGUUCGAGGAGAAAAUGCUCGCCUUGCCCUCCAGCUGCAGGAUUCCCAGAAGAACCACAAAGAGAUCAUCUCUGCCUAUAGGAACCAUCUGUUGAAUGCUGCUCAGGAGCCCUGGCUGGUGUGGCUCAGUGGGUUGAGUGUCAUCCUGCUAACUGAAGUUUUGCCAGUUCUCAAUCAAGGGCUACAUGGAACAAGAUGUGUACAGUAUCCUACUGCGAAUCCUCAGCAUGCAGGAGGAGUGAGACAGCAUGGGCCAUGAAGGGUCUGGGAUUCCUCCCUUGUAAGUUAUGAACUCAGGCUGACGAGGGAGCUUGGAAGAAAGGACUUUGGAAAAGUGGCUUAAGGUUGGGAACUGUAAUCUCCUUUUGCCCCAAGUGGUAGCUGCGCGUGGGCCAUAGAGCAUUUGAAGUGAAUUGAGAAGUCACAAUUUGGGGAAUCACUGGGUGGAGUCAGGAAUCACUGAACAGUUAGACUAACAGGGGCUGAGAUGGGAUGGAGACUGAAAAGAGGAGUUGAGUGACUCUUUUACAGUCUGGGAUAGAGAGAUACCAGUGAAUGAUGAGUGAUGGCAGGACAGUGGUACAAAGUUGUUUCCUAGGGUGGGACUCUACAAACUCCAGAAUCUCUCCUCCACUCCUAUACCAAUCAUUCAGUGAAUAGUUUUCUACUCUUCUUCUCCGCACCCCUAUGUCCAUGACCAUCUUCUCAGUCCAGAUACAUGAGGAUCCCCUUUAGCAUCUUGGUAUGGGUAGGAGGAGUCUGAGGAUAUGGAGGCAUGUGCAUUUUAUCCCUGAAUUUCUUCUUUCAAGGAAUAAGAAUAUCCCUGGUUGCCAGAGGCUCCAUCAAGCUGUAUAGUGGGUGGGGGGUUAUCCAGUAGGGAUAGUGUAUGUGGAGCUUCACCUGACAUUAUGGGCCCCAGACCUGAGAACCUGAACUCUGGAAUCAGCAUGGAUGAGAUUAGAGAAGAUCUGGAUGAAAAUAAAUAUUUUUAAAUAAAUAAAUAAUAUUUUCCUGCUUUGUGGAAAAUAAAGU